CGAAACGCAGUGACUUUGCACACCGUGUCGGCACAUCCUGAGCGCCAAACAGCAGAGUUGUGCAAAGCCGACCAAUGAAGAAAACUGCUUCGUUCAAAGCAGAUAAAGAUGGACCACGCGCAUCAAAGUGAAGUCCAGGUUUCGUCCAUUGUUGUGGUGAAUAUAAUAUGGUGGAUGGUGAUGAUUGCAGGCAUCAGCUUGGGGGCCAUACAUGUUGGUUUGUGCCCGGUGCAACCCAACAUCCCGGUGUACCUCAUGGUACUGGGAGUGUCCAGCCUCCUUUCUCUGUGUGUCACCUACUGCAGGUGCGUCUGGGACAGCGGCGUGAUGAAGGUUGCGAGCUCGCUCUGCAUGACCCUGCUGCAUCUCUUCACUUUCUGCUGGUUCAUUGCAGACGUAUCACCAUUUUGUGACCAUUGCAGGCACACACUGGACUUACAGUGUCUAUCCACCCAGCUCUACACCAGGGGAUGCUCAGUAUUGCCACAAAACAACCUACCAGUUUGCUUUUGUGGUCACCACAAUGAUGUGGGGCGCCAUGAUGCUUACCCUGCUCUGCGGCGGUUGCCUACUCCUGUUCACCUGCUGCACAACAGUAACGGCAAGAUGCAGAUUGACACCCGGCUGCAGUACCUCCUACGGAACUACUUCUCUUCAGGGUGACACUGCGGACGCUUAUAACUAACUCUGGUCCAGGUGUUCAAAUAGUGAAUAUAUCUAUUUAAUAUGGCAAGUAUACAACUGAUAUUGUUUGUACUUUUUCAAUAAUCUGCGUGUAAUGUUUAUUUCUUUAAUAAAUUGUGGGAGUCUGACUACACAAA